AUGUACUGGUUGGCUACUCGAAACGCCGUCGUUUUCUCCUUGCAUUGGCGUUCUCUCGCUCUUCUCCUUCGCUCUCCUCCUUGUAGAUACAGCUCUUUCACUCCCUCUCCACUGCUCCUUAAAAAAAGACCAUUUGGGAGGAUUUUUUGUUUUAAAGAUCAGAGGAUAUUGAAAAGAAGCUUAAGAACUACAAGGAAAGUUAAGCCGUCGAACGAUGUCUUGACCGAAAAGGAGCUUUCUAACAUAUUGUGGUGGAAAGAGAGGUUGCAAAACUGCAAAAAGCCUUCAACUGUCCAGCUAGUUAAAAGGCUUGAGUAUUCAAAUUUGUUAGGAUUGGACGUCAACUUGAAAAAUGGGAGUCUGAAAGAAGGAACACUCAACUGGGAGAUGUUGCAGUUCAAGUCAAAGUUUGCUCGUGAGAUUUUGCUCUGCAGAGUUGGGGAAUUUUAUGAAGCCAUUGGGAUAGAUGCUUGCCUUUUAGUUGAAUUUGCGGGUUUGAAUCCUUUUGGGGGUCUGCGUUCAGAUAGUAUUCCAAGAGCUGGAUGUCCAGUUAUGAAUCUUCGGCAAACUUUGGAUGACCUGACACAUAAUGGAUAUUCGGUGUGCAUAGUCGAAGAAGCUCAGGGUCCGACAAAUGCUCGCUCUCGCAAAAGUCGUUUUAUAUCUGGGCAUGCACACCCUGGUAGUCCUUAUGUCUUUGGACUUGUUGGUCUUGAUCAUGAUCUUGACUUUCCUGAACCAAUGCCUGUUGUCGGGAUAUCUCGUUCUGCAAGAGGUUAUUGCAUAAAUUUAGUCUUAGAGACUAUGAAAACGUAUUCAUCUGAAGAUGGUUUGACUGAAGAGGCCUUAGUCACAAAGCUUCGUACUUGUCGGCACCAUCAUCUGUUUUUGCAUUCUUCGUUGAGGCACAAUUCAUCAGGCACUUGUCGUUGGGGAGAAUUUGGGGAGGGAGGCUUACUGUGGGGGGAAUGUACUGCCAGACAUUUUGAAUGGUUUGAAGGCAAUCCUGUGACCGAUCUUUUGGCUAAGGUUAAGGAGCUUUAUGGUCUUGAUGGAGAAGUUACAUUUAGGAAUGUUACCGUUACUUCAGAAAAUAGGCCCCGGCCUUUAACCCUCGGAACAGCGACCCAAAUUGGUGCCAUACCAACCGAAGGAAUACCUUGUUUGUUGAAGGUGUUGCUUCCUCCAAAUUGUGCAGGUCUACCUGUGACUUACAUUAGAGAUCUUCUUCUUAAUCCUCCCGCAUAUGAAAUUGCAUCCACAAUUCAAGCAACGUGCAAACUUAUGAGCAAUGUGACUUGCUCGAUUCCGGACUUUACCUGUGUUUCAUCUGCAAAGCUUGUGAAGCUACUUGAACUAAGGGAGGCCAAUCAUAUUGAGUUUUGUAGAAUAAAAAACGUAGUGGAUGAAUUGUUGCUCAUGACUAAAAAUUCUGAGCUCAGUGAAAUCCUGAAAUUGUUGUUGGACCCUACGUGGGUGGCCACUGGCUUGAAAAUUGAUUUUGAGACAUUAAUUGAUGAAUGUGAAUGGACUUCAAAUAAAAUUGGUGAAAUGAUCUCUCUAGAUGGUGAGAGUGAUCAAAAAAUCAGUUCCUCUUCUAUUGUUCCUGAUGAUUUCUUUGAGGAUAUGGAGUCGUCAUGGAAAGGUCGUGUCAAGAAGGUCCAUAUAGGGGAAGAAUUUGCAGCAGUGGAAAGGGCAGCUGAGGCUUUAACUCUAGCAGUUUCUGAAGCCUUCCUGCCCAUCAUUACAAGAAUAAGGGCUACCACAGCCCCACUUGGAGGCCCAAAGGGGGAAAUAUUGUAUGCUAGGGAGCAUGAGGCUGUUUGGUUUAAGGGAAAAAGGUUUUUACCUGCUGUAUGGGCCGGUACCCCGGGGGAGCAACAGAUUAAACUUCUCAAACCCGCUUUAGAUUCAAAAGGUAGAAAAGUUGGAGAAGAAUGGUUUACUACAAUGAAGGUGGAGGAUGCUUUAACAAGGUACCAUGAGGCUGGUGCCAAGGCAAAAGCAAGGGUCUUGGAAUUGUUGAAGGGACUUUCUUCUGAACUACAAGCAAAGACUAACAUUUUAGUAUUUGCUUCAAUGCUACUAGUUAUAGCAAAGGCAUUGUUUUCUCAUGUGAGUGAAGGCAGAAGAAGGAAAUGGGUUUUCCCCACUCUUCUGGAGUUACCCCUGUCUAAGGAUGUAAAACCAUCGAAUGGAGCUGAGGGAAUGAAGCUGGUUGGUCUAUCACCGUACUGGUUUGAUGUAGCAGAAGGUAGUGCUGUAAAUAAUACUGUUGAUAUGCAAUCACUGCUUCUUUUGACUGGACCAAAUGGUGGCGGUAAAUCAAGUUUGCUUCGAUCACUUUGUGCUGCUGCAUUACUUGGAAUCUGUGGGUUCAUGGUGCCUGCUGAGUCGGCUUUCAUUCCACAUUUUGAUAAUAUCAUGCUUCACAUGAAAUCUUACGAUAGCCCAGCUGACGGAAAAAGUUCAUUUCAGGUUGAAAUGUCAGAGAUCCGAUCAAUUAUCUCGGCCACAAGUAAAAGAAGCCUUGUGCUUAUAGACGAAAUAUGUCGAGGAACAGAAACGGCAAAAGGAACUUGUAUUGCCGGCAGCAUUGUUGAAACUCUGGAUAAAAUAGGUUGCCUAGGUAUUGUGUCCACUCACUUGAAUGGGAUAUUUAGUUUGCCACUCAAGGCAAAGAACACCAUGUUUAAGGCCAUGGGAACCGUUUAUGUCGAUGGCCAAACGAAACCAACUUGGAAACUAAUGGACGGGAUUUGUAGAGAGAGCCUUGCAUUUGAGACUGCUAAGAGAGAAGGAAUGCCUGAAACAAUAAUACAAAGAGCUGAAGAGCUGUACGAUUCAGUUUAUGCAAAAGAGGUGGUUCCGGCAGAAAAUGACUCUAAACUACAAAACAUGUGCUCUUAUACAAGUUUCAACGGUUCCAAUGUAUCUCUUCAAUCAAAUUCUGGUGAAAAAGAUUCUGAAAGGGGCAGACCAACAGACCGAAUGGAACUCUUGCAAAAGGAAGUUGAGACUGCUGUUACUAUGAUAUGCCAAAGGAAGUUGAUAGAGCUGUACAAGAAGGAGAAAACAUCAGAACUUACUGAGAUUCACUGCGUUCUGAUUGGUGCCAGGGAACAACCACCUCCUUCAACUGUAGGUGCUGCAUGCGUCUAUGUGAUGCUAAGGCCUGAUAAGAAACUAUACGUUGGACAGUCGGAUGAUUUGGAGGGCCGAGUCCGAACCCACCGUUCAAAGGAUGGGAUGCAGAAAGCCAAUUUCCUUUACUUCACAGUCCCAGGAAAGAGUCUGGCAUGUCAACUGGAGACUCUUCUCAUCAAUCAACUUCCCAACCAAGGAUUCCAUGUCACUAAUGUGGCUGAUGGUAAACAUAGGAAUUUUGGCACAUCCUGUCUCUCUCCGGAAAGUGCGACUGUUUGUUAAUGUAUAUGCGGUCAAGCAUCUACCAUUUUUUUUUCCUUGUUUUGCAAGCCGAGCAUCUUCCAGAUUUGUUUGAUCUUCUCUACCCAGUAACUGAAGACAAAAAGAUGGUAUGUGCUCUAAUGAUAUAUGUAUAUGAUUGUAAUUUUGACGAAAUUGAACAAGCAAUGCCUGCAGCAAUUUUGGUUUUUGUUGUCUGCUGCUCCACUUCUUGCCCCUUUUUCUCCUUUAUAGGUGGAGUUCGGGAUUUUGUUCACGUAAGUGUACGCUAAUAUUGUCUGUAAAACUCCUUAUUGUUUA